AUGUUGGGUCUAUUUCUAGCUAUUCUGACUUUUAUUCCCAUUCUUUUGUACUUUGUCAAUGCAAGAUGGGAAGCAAAGCGCAACAAAACUAACAUUCCCGGUCCAGAGAGCCUGCCAAUUCUGGGUCAUCUCCAUUUAUUUUGGAAACCAGGCAAAGAAAGAAAGUCAUGGAAAUUGAUAAUGCAAUUUCUUGAAAAAUAUGGAGACACCAUCAGCUUUAGAAUAUUUGGACGCCUCACUAUUUGCACAAAAGACGUAAAACUCAUGGAAAUCAUCGCAAAUAGUCCAAAGUUCAUAAAAUCUGACGAAUAUGAGUUCUUCAGAGUGUGGCUCGGUAACAGCUUGGUGAUCACUCAUGGCGAACGUUGGCAGAAAUUAAGAAAAUUACUUACACCAGCAUUUCAUUUUCAAAUUCUCGAGAGAUUUGUGCAAAUUUUCGACGAGCAAAGUGAGGUUUUGAUCAAGAAAAUUGACAAAAUUGGCGAAACUGAGGACGCUUUCGAACUUUUUCAUGCCUUUGCUUUGGACGUAAUUUCCGAGAGUGCAAUGGGCAUCAAGAUAAACGCACAAAAUGAUCCAAAGUCGAAAUUUGUUGAAGCAAACACCAAUAUGUUGUUAACGUCGUACAAACGUAUGAUUAAUCCGUUAUGGCGUAACGAAUGGCUGUGGAAGCUAUCGUCCGUAUAUACAAGUCAAAUGGAAACAAUUUCGUACAUUGAUAAAUUCGUGAAUGAUUUGAUUGAGAAACGACGAAGUGAGAUUUUAGCUAAAAAAGUUGAGGACGGAACGGAGAACAAAAAAGAGAAACCAGCGUUAUUGGAUAUUCUCUUGCAAUCCGAGAUGGAUGGUAAGCCACUCACAAAUGAAGAUAUCCGUGGAGAGGUCAAUACGUUCAUGUUCGCUGGACACGAAACCACUGGCAGUACCUUAGCUUUCACUUUCUUCUUGCUUGCUAAACAUCCCGAAAUACAGCAAGAAUUGUAUGAAGAGAUCAAAAAUAAUUUUAAUCAAAAUGAACCAUUGACGAUGCGUGCUUUGAACAGUCUUCCCUUGCUCGAUGGUGUCAUAAAAGAGGCACUUCGCAUUCAUCCAAUUUUCCCGGCUAUACCAAAGAAGUGCGUUGAAGAUGUUCAUUACAAUGGAAUGACUAUCCCCAAACAAACGAUGAUUCUUACGUUCUUCCUGCCCAAUCACAUGGACGAAAAAUAUUUCCCGGACCCAAAGAAAUUCAUGCCAUCGCGAUGGUUAGACGAAGUCACUGCCAAAGAACGAAAUCCAUACGCCUACCAACCGUUUUCGUCUGGCUUGCGUAACUGUAUCGGGCAAAAGUUUGCAAUGCUGGAGGCCAAAACUGCCAUUAUUAAAAUUCUGACGAAAUAUAAAGUUGAGUUGGGCGUCGAGGGUUUCGAACCGGAUCUGGUGGUAGCAUUUUCCGUCAAAACAACCAAUGGCAUGCCGUUGAAAUUCGUACGGCGAACGUGAUGAGUGAAUAAAACAAACACCAUUUCCAUCUUGUGAAACACAAUUUUGAACAUCUUCCCACUUGAUUCAUAUCUUCGGUUCAUACACCGAAAAGUAUAC